GAGACGAUCUGGCAACGUCAACAUUGUGCAACGCGAAAACGGGAAGAAAGUACGUAUUGAAAUUGCAUUUAGUGAUAAAAACCGCCGAAAAUUAUGACGGUAAACAAGCGCGACGCGAAUGCAACGCGGUCGCGAUGCUUUUUUGACAUUUCACUGGGCGGUUUGGGAGUGGGCCGCAUUGUUUUCGAGCUUUAUAGCGAUGUGGCGCCGAAGACGGCGGAAAAUUUCCGGGCCCUGUGCACGGGUGAAAAGGGAAUAGGAAUGGUCACCGGCAAGAAGCUCCACUACAAGGGGGUGAUAUUCCAUCGCGUAGUCAAAGAUUUCAUGGUCCAGGCAGGCGACUUCUCCGCAGGAAAUGGCACCGGCGGAGAGUCCAUCUACGGCGGAACAUUCGAGGAUGAAUGCUUUGAUAAGAAGCACGAUCGCCCUUUCCUUCUGUCGAUGGCCAACCGCGGCAAGAACACCAAUGGCUCCCAGUUCUUUAUUACAACACAGCCUGCGCCACAUUUGGACAAUAUCCAUGUUGUAUUCGGUCAAGUUAUAUCCGGUCAGGAGUUGGUGCGACAAUUGGAGGAUCUACCCAUCGAUCGGAACUCGCGGCCUUUGCAGGAUGCAGCCAUAGCCAACUGCGGCGAACUAGUUAGACAGACAAAGGCCAAAAAGGAAAAGAAGCGUAAGAGGCGGUCCACGGCCACAGAUGAAUCAAACAGCGAUGAAAGUGAAGCGGAGGUUAAGGCCGAGCGAAAAGACAAAAAGAAGAAAAGGAGCCGCAAGGAGACAAAGUCCAGCGAUAGUGAAGACAAUGAUACCAGACGUGGAAAUGGAAAGCAUGAUCAGAAUCCACCAGAUGGUCACGCGGACCACGAGGAGGGCGAGAUUCAUCCACUGGCAACAAUUACCAAAAUAGAUCCUAACGAGAUACCAGAGGUGUCAAAUAAAUUUUUAAUGCGUUCAGAGAGAUCAAGGUCUCGCGGCCGCGACGAUCGUGGUGAUCGAGCACAAGAUCGCGAUCGAGGCAGAGAUCAGGACAGAGACCGAAACCGAAAUAACUUUGGAUGGUCAAAGAAACAGGCACAACCCACAUCACGCAGUGGACGCAUUGUAAAAGGUCGCGGUGUGUUUCGUUUUCGAACGCCUUCACGCAGUCGAUCGCGGAGCACUACGCCACCCCACUGGAAACAUGCCCAAAAGCGCACUAUUAAGCUUUCCGAUUUGGAGCGCAUUGAGGAGGAGACCAAGAUGCGCGAGGAGGAAGUGAAGCGGCGGGAAAAUGAGCGAAAGCGUCGCCACGAGGAGGCCUCCAAAAAUCCGAAACAGUCGUUCUUCGAGCUAUCCCAUGCCAGCACUUACGGUGGCAAAGUGACGCCCGAUAAAUUAUCUCCGGUUCAUAGAAACAAGUCCAAAGAGAUAACAGAGCGCGGCAAGCCUAAGAAUAAGGAGAAGGAGAAAGCCAUCGAGAAAGAUAUUCCGAAGGAUGUGUCUCCUGUUAAGCGUCGCAAAUCAAUGGACAUGAAUGCGUUAGACUACGAACAGCAGACUGAAUCGGAAGCUGAGUCCGAGGACGAGGAACGGGAGCAGCCUAAGGUGAAACCAACCAGCAAGCUGGAUAUCAAAGUGGUGUCCUCCACCAGCAAAGAUCGUAAUUUAAAACGCGAUGAUCGUAGGCCCGAUGAGACAGCCAAAUCAAAGCGAAGUCUGUCUCGGAGCCCUCGUCGGAAUUCGCCUCCUCGUCGCCAGCAACGUUCACCCGCCAGGCGUCCUGGACAAAAUUUUAACCAGAACCAGAAUCAAAAUCAGUUUAAUCGUGGUAACCGUCGCAAUCCUUUUGCGGAUAGGGACAGGGACCGUCGACGCCGUUCGCGUUCGGGUGAAUACCGUAAUCGUUUUCCUCUGUCACCAGUCAGAGGAAGGGGCUCUCCUAGUGGAGAACGCCGUCGUCAGCAGCGUUCCCGAAGCCAAGGACGUAGGCAGGAUUCACCGAAUAACAAACGCCAACUGUCGCCAGGAAGGAAUCGUUUGGAGUCACAGAGUAGGAAGCGUCACGUUUCACCGGAGAAAAAACACGAGGAGUCGUCAGUUCGAAAACGGUGGGAUUCGCCGGAAAUCAAGCGAGAGAAUUCAAACGACAGAAAGCAAGAGGCUCCUUCAAACAAGAAGCGUGAGGAUUCAUCUGAAAGGAAGCGCAAAGACUCUUCCAAUACAAAGAGAGGAGAAUCUUCCGACAAAAAGCGAGAGGAUUCUCCGGUUAAAAAGCAAGCAGAGAGUCGGAGCAGAAAGCGCUGGGAUUGUGAAACAAAGCAACCGGGCUCUCCUGUAAAAAGACAGGAUUCGGCAGGCAAAAAGGACUCAGAAGACAAAAAGCGUGAAGAUUCCCCUGUCAAGAAGCAGGAUCGCCAAGAAUCGCCUGGCAAGAAGCGUGGUGAUUCCGCCGACAGAAAGCAACAGGAUUCCCUUGCCAAAAGACAAGAUUCACCUAGUAGAAGGCGUAGGGAUUCACCGGAAAGAAAGCGUAAGGAUUCACCUGACAAAAGGCGCAAUGAUUCGCCUGCCAAAAGACGUCAGGACUCAUCCGGUAGAAGGCGACAAGAUUCGGAUGGUAGAAGACGCCGUGAAUCAUCCGGAAACAGACGAAGUCGGAGCCGCGGACGUCGGCAUAGCUCUUCGCGCAGUCGCAGUCCUUCGAACAGUCGCUCCCGUCGACGCCGCUCGCGAAGUCCGCUGCCUAAGCUGACCUCUGCCCUGCCCAUGGCCGAUGUUCGCGAAAAGGCGGCUCGCGAAAAGAUGCAAAAGCGUGCGGAGGCAGCGAUGCUGAUGAAGGAGCAUAUGCGCAAUGAGAUCGCCAAGGAGGAGGAACGGCGAUUGGAGAAGCAGCGCCACGAUGACAUGGAAAAGGAACGCACUACCCGCGAGCUCAACGAACUGGAGCGCCUGAAAGCAGAGACCCUAAAGAAACUGCAGGACGAGGAUCGUGUGGAAUCUGUUGGAUCAGGAAACGAUGCACCUGCGGGAAGCGAGUUCAAAACCGAUGCCAAUCCCACCAGGAGCAAGCGCGAAUCCAGUCCAGAGGAUCGGCAUCGUGACAAAAAGCGCAAGCAUAAAAAAUCCAAGAAAUCCUCUGCGCGCUCCGAUUCCGAUUAAAGAACGAAUCCUAGACAGUAGCUGAAAAUCCCAGACAGCGGCAAACCGAGUUUUGUUCCACCAAUUUCAAACCUCUCCACGAAAUUGCGAAUGUAAAAAUCUCGACACUGAAAUUUUGUAACUGAGUCCGUUUAAUAAAGGUAAACGUCACUGUA